AUGAUUCGAGUUGCAAAUAGUCGAAAAUUAUACAAAAAUUUUUGGAACAGUUUUUCAAAUCGAUGCGAUAAUACUACGAUGAUGUUGAAUAAUCAUGCAGAUCAAAUGGAGGAAUCGGAUCGACUGGAUAUAAUAGAUUCGUUACCCGAUCUAAGGAAUAAAGAUAUCGUUGAUAUUGGAGCUGGAAUCGGACGAUUUACCACAGUUUUCGCCGAAAGGGCUAGUCACGUUAUUUCUACUGAUUUCAUUGAAAAUUUCAUUGAUGAAAAUAAACAUAGAAACGCUCAUUUCCACAAUAUUUCCUAUGAAGUUGGUGAUGCGCUUCAUCUGAAUUUAAUGUCUGAAAGUGCCGAUUUGGUGUUUACGAAUUGGCUGAUGAUGUAUUUGACUGAUAAUGAAGUCGUGGAAUUUUUAACAAAUGUCUUGAAAUGGCUGCGGCCAAACGGUUAUCUUCAUCUAAGAGAAUCCUGCAGUGAAUCAUCGACGAGGCGAUCAUCGAAUAGCCUGCACAGCACAGUAGAAGUCAAUCCAACUAGCUACAGGUUUUCUUCAGUAUAUAUCAAAAUUUUAAGAAAUAUUCAAUAUAAGGAUCAUAAUGGUGAAUUAUAUUGCUUUGAUGUGCAGUGGUCGUGCUCUGUGCCUACUUAUAUAGAGUGCCAGGACAAUUGGCGGCAAAUACAUUGGUUGUUAAAAAAAAUCCCUGCACAAGAAACUAAUGGCUAUUCGAUCGAUUCACUUCUUAUGCAAUUCAAUAAUUUAUGGGUACAAGAGCAGAAAUUCUGGGACGCUGUACUAGAUUCUGAGCCAUAUUGUUGGACGGAUCAAAUAGUUGAAUAUGUACUUGAAAAAGAAAAAAUAGGUUCCAAUUCAAGCAUAUUCGUUUAUAAUUCUCGGAGAACAGCUCAUCAUUUUUAUUUUAAUGCAAAUUAUUUGUCAAAGGAAUUCAAAUGCAAUGUAUGGGACGUGGAAACCAAUGAGUAUUUUUACCGAACGUGCUUGACACGAGCUAAUAAAUUAAAGGAUCACCGUGUUCGAAUUGCGUGGCAUAGCGGCUUAGAUUCGGCUAUCGAAUAUUUAGAAGAUAAAAAUGUCUCAUUUGAUAUAUUUUUAGCUUGCGACUUAUCAUUUGAAGACAAAUUAUUAUUGGAACAAUUGAAGGUAAAAAGAUGGAUCUUAUUACUAAAUUUAAAUAAAAUAAAAUAA